UUGCAUUUUGAAAACGAUCUCACCCCGUCCAAGAUCAAGAUCCCUUCGCACAAAUGAAGUGUUAGCUAAAUGUGAGCUGCUCGUGUUACAGCACUCAAGGCUAGGCUUCUCACCACCGGUGUUUGUGCACCACCAACUGUAGUCUUUCCCCGUGCUGACGCUUGGUCCCAUUCCGAUAAUAACAAGGCGUACUGAAAGGUGCCAAACCAUGGGAGACCAGUCCGCGGCGGAGUUGCUACCCGCGCUUGAAAACAUCGCUUCAAUUCUGCUGAAGCGUUGUCACCAGGCUGCAACUAUGAAGUGCAAGCCAUUGGAUCGUUUGACGGAGGAUGAGUUUCAUGACAUUGUAAUCGGCUCUGGCUUGAUUCCACAGAACAGCAUGCACUAUGUUCCCUUGCUGCGUAACCUCAUGCUUAUUGAGAUCCAGAAGAACCCCUCUUUACUGGCGACCAUGUCGGAAUCGCAACAGCCGCUUCAACGCCAGAAGUUGCUGCAACACCAGCAACAGCAGCAACAACAACUUCUUCAGCUGCAACAGCAGCAGCAAUUGCAACAACAGCAGCAGCAGCAAUUACAACAACAACAGCAGCAGCAUUUACAACAACAACAGCAGCAGCAACAACAACAACAGCAGCAGCAACAACAACAGCAGCAGCAGCAGCAAUUGCUGGCACAGCAGCAGCAACGCCAUCCUAUGCAGACGCGGAGCCAGGGCAUCCCACUGCAGCAUCAGCAGCAAGCAAUUAGCAACCCCCUGGACAGUUUAUCCUCACCGGAGUCAACCAAGAUGGACAGUGAUGACAGCUGUGGAUCGGAGGGAUUUGGCAGCAUGACACGUCAGCACGAUGACUUGGAAGAUGAGCGCAAGUGGCUCAACAUCCAGCGCUUGCCGUCCGGCAUGUACCGUGUCAACGAUCGUUUGUAUUUCGACACCAGGACUUAUGCCGGGUUCAACUUUGUUGGUCGCAUGCUGGGUCACGGUGGCUGUACUAUCAAACGCUUGGAGAAGCUAACGUUGUGCCGCAUGCAGAUCCGCGGCAAGGGCUCCAUCCGCAACCCUGCUGAUGAGGCACGUCUACGCAAGGAGACUGGUCAUGAGCAUCUCAAGGAAGAUCUUCAUAUCAUCUUCGAAGCGGAGGAUGUCGACGAAGCCCAGGCAGUGAUGCGUAUCAAGAAUUGCCGUCAAUUCCUUGUCCCCUACAUGCAGCCCACGUCGGAGGAGAGCCUGUCACUGAAAGCUGAACAGGAGCGAGAAGCACUCACUGGGAAACUGAAGCUAUUGGCUGGUAGCAGUCAGGUGACAAAGUCAACUGAGAGCAUUCCAGCAGUCACGCAGGCCGCCACCAGCCUGCCGAAGCCCAGUGCGAUUGCCCUGCAGCCUGAUGCCAAACCCUUUCAGCCAUCCAGCACACUCUCGUCGUGCUUCCCAACGUCCACUGCCGACAUGGUGUCCACAACGCAGACCGAGCUGCUUGUGCAGCAACAGCAACGACUUGCGGUGCAAAGCCACUUGAUCAACCAGCAGCAGCAACAGCUACAGCAGCUGAUUACCAAUCAAACUCAACAACAGCAGCUUCAACACAAUAUGGUGCUGCGUAGUGCACUUGCCCGUAGUACUGCUAGCUCUGGCAUUCUCACCGCCGCUGCCCAGCCCACUGUCAUGUCGACUACGAUGUCGCGUACAGUCGAAACUCAAGCAACGACGAUGAGCGUAGGACUGCUCCAGCACUCGUCCUCAAGCAAUGAAGACUGUUGCAACUCGACAGUUAAUGUCGCCGGUCGUCCGUACAGCCUUCGCCGUGAUUCGUCAUUGCCUAUUCCGUGCGCGACACCGCCCAAGGCUACCUCAUCUCGCUACAGCACUGUUGAUGAUGACUUCAUUAUGGGCUAUGCGGAAACUAGUGACUAUGGCAGCUGCUCGGACGGCAGCGGCACUCCAACUGGAACUGACGACGUCUUCCAUCGCACUGACUUCUUCGGAAGCAACAAGGAGAACGAUGACAGUGGCAAUCACAUGAUGUUGAGGAAGUCAUUUGCUCGGACGCCAGGGGCUGGACGCAAGACGAACGUCGGCCCGAAGUUUCGCCUUCGUUCCUCGCCAAUCUUCUCGCCCCGGAACAAUCUCAUGUUGCCCGAGGGGAAGUUACCUGGCUGGUCCCCGCUAGAUGGUGGUCCUCUUCGUGUCCUCCGUGACCGCAAAGGCAAGACGCUGUCGUACGAGUCACCAAAGCCGAUGUUUUCAACGGGUCGAAGACGCAGCACGAGGCUAUCGAACCGAGUCUAGUUGUACGUGAGCAUGUGUACGCGGCGUGUGCUGUGUGACAUUGUCUUGAGAGUGCGUUUGUUUUAAAGUCGUUCUGCAUUGCACACUGGCUGUGACAUGCAAGAGUUCUCAUCGCCACGAGAAUGUUUAUACUAUUUUUGCUUGUCCUAAUUUCCAUGUAUGUGUAGGCAGUGCUCACACGUACUGUCUAUACGUUUUAUUCAUUGUCUGUAUGUUCGUUUCAUUUCCUUCUUCAUGCCUCAUUGAAUAGCAAUACCCUCCUUCCUUUUACCUCCACCUAUAUUCCAUCCUUUCCCUGGGGUAGCUUAACACUACCCCAGGCAAGCCUUUGUUUCAGUCCCCAGCUUCAACAACAAGUUGUGUUGGAGUGCACAUCUGUGCAGUGCCACUCGUGUCCCGCCGUGCGUCUAUCCGCCGCUUUUUUUCCCCUGUUGUGUGGAUCCACUCCCAUUGCCCCUUGCUAACGUUUCCUCACCGUUCUAUCUCUGACAUUGGAUUGGACCCUUGUUGUUAUUGUUGUUGUGUUUAUGGUCUUUAUCGUCACUGUAUCUCUAUCUCUAUGACUGUAUCCGAUCUGUGCAAUGUUUUUAAACUCAAUGCAGCGCCCCUUGCACUCUCCAGCCGUUAAUUGAUCAUAACUAACUUAACUCGUGUCACCCAUCUUUCAGCCAGGCGUCAGCAAGCUAGCUGUGGGUUGUUCAUUUUUUUCUGCUAUUAGCAUUGUUUGUAAACGAUCUCCUCAUCUCUCUCUCUCUCUUUCUUUUUUUUCUUUUUUUUUCUUUCUGAGCUAUUCAUACAGUAACACACUUGAAGAAUUAAGUCCUAACAACCAUAACUUCACGUUCUUUUCUUUCUUUCCUCUUCAAUGGAUCUUUCUCAACGACCGUACCCAGAUCUAUGACUUGAAUAAACGUUUGAACUCCGCUUCCCAACACUCCGACCUGAA